AUGUUGACUAUCAAGAGGGUCGCCACGGUGGUGUCGAAUUAUCAGGAGGAGGGUGGCGAGAAGGAUAAUGCUGCUGUUGCUGUUGAAGGGGAAGAAGCCAAGGGAUGUGGUCGCAAUUGCCUGGGAAAGUGCUGUUUGCCUUCAUCAGACCUUCCUCUGUACACAUUCAAGGUAGGUGGAGAAGAUUGCGCUGAAGAAUCCAUCUUUUCCCAAGCACCUGAGACAUCUUUCCUGCGUAAUCUCUUACUUGGACAGUGGGAGAAUCGAAUGAAUCGAGGUCUAUUUCGCUACGAUGUAACUACAUGCAAGACAAAAGUUAUUCCUGGCGACUAUGGUUUCAUUGCGCAGCUGAACGAGGGGCGUCACCUCAAAAAACGCCUGACUGAGUUCCGAGUAGAUCAAGUUCUCCAGGAUUUCAAUGAGAAGAAGUUCAAUUUCACCAAAGUUGGCCAAGAGGAAGUGCUUUUUAUAUUUGAACAAAGUGAAGACUGCUACAGUCACUUCUUCCCUAGUGCACCAGCCAUUUUCAAGCCUAGUUCUCUUAAUGUCGUUGCAAUCAACGUAAGCCCCAUUGAGUAUGGGCACGUUCUCCUUGUACCCCGUAUUCUUGACUGCUUGCCUCAGAGGAUCGACCACACAAGCUUCUUUCUGGCUCUGUCUUUGGCUAGAGAGGCAGCAGAUCCUUUCUUCAGAGUGGGUUACAACAGUCUAGGUGCAUUCGCCACCAUUAACCACCUUCACUUCCAGGCGUAUUACUUGGAUUCUCUGUUCCCGGUUGAAAAGGUUCCUUCUCUGAGAGUAAUGACUUCUGCGAGUGUGCAGAGAAAUGUAGUUGUUUCACGACUCCUGAAAUUCCCAGUCCGUUCACUUGUGUUUGAGGGUGGAGAUACUUUACGGGAUCUGUCAAAUGCAGUUGCUAAUUCCUGCAUACGCCUUCAGCACAACAACAUCCCCUUCAAUGUACUGAUCUCUGAUUGCGGCAAAAGAGUGUUUCUAUUUCCACAGUGUUAUGCAAAGAAGCAAGCUCAGGGAGAAGUGAGCCAAGAACUUUUGGAAACUCAAGUAAAUCCCGCCGUCUGGGAGAUCAGUGGACACAUAGUGCUGAAGAGACGUGAGGACUUUGAAAAUGCAUCAGAGGACUAUGCAUGGAGACUCCUUGCGGAGGUGUCCCUAUCGGAAGAGAGUUUCCAAGAGGUGAAGGCUCAUAUCUCAGAAGCGGCAGGCUUGCAUGAGAUAGAUACUGAGGCAUAUAACUUGCAUCAGAACGAAGAAGCUGUGCCCACUUCUUCUGUUCCUACAGCCACGUCGCAUUUGCAUCAAGAUUGUCUAGUUGUGAAAGGUGGGGCAUAGUUCUUGCGGCGGUAUGCACCAUGAAACGCUCUUUACCAAAGCACAAGGAACUUAAGGCAGAUAGUCCUGACAAACCGUCCGGGACAAGAUUCCGCAUCCUACGUUGCUUUGUUCUGAUAUUUUGUUGGUUCAGCGGUGAGGAAUGUGGCUUGGUAUUCAUUGGACCACAGGGCAGUUUAUGUUCUUCGCCGGACAGUGUUGCUUGGACCGACCGUCUGUAAGACUCAAUUUUAACAUAGAAAUAGCUUCUGACUUUGCCAGUACUAUUAGGAGCAAAGCUUCUAUACAUGUUGGUGGCUUUCAUGAGUACCUGGGCUGAAGUUGCCCUUGUAGUGCCCUUGUAGUUUAUUGAUUGAUUUAUGUUAGGUAACAAAUGCCACUGAGCUUGGCAGUUCUUGUAGGCUUUUUUGCAGCUGUGUUCUGAGCUGCUUCAAUAUGUAUAUCGUGUAAAAACCAUGAAAUUCGU